GAUAAGAGUAAAACAGCUAUUAUACAAAGUGAACAAGAAGUGCUAUUAGCUGAUAUUGAAUGUUCAGCGAUGCGAAAUCAUACAAAUGCAGCAGUAGUAAUUCAACAACAAAUUGCUGAAAAAUUCAUAGGAGUUACUCAAAAAAUUUCUCAAAAUAAUGUGGUGGAAAAAGAUCAAGAAUCUGAAUCUGAACUCGAAAAUUUUGAUAUAACGUGUGAUUCUGACGUCCAAGAUAAUGUUAAUAAGGAGGUUCAAAAUAAUGUUAAUAAGGAGAAAAAGAAGGAAGAAGUCCAAGAUAAUGCUAAUAAAAAGGAAAAAAAGGAUGAAAUAAUCAAACAACAUUUCAAUGAACGUGAGUUAGAAGAGAUAGAUAAUGAACCUGUUCCAAAGGCUCCAGAUCUUUCACAGGAUCAAGAUGAUAGGCUUAAUGCAAGCUAUGAUUCAUCAAAAUAUCACGAUUUAGAUUAUAUCCAAAUCGAAAACGGUGGGUUAAAACAACCAAAUUUAGAAUCAUGGUACAAUUGCCAUAUUUGGAAUGCCAUCGUCGACCAUGGUUUUGGAGACAUCAAGGAAUUAUCAGUUGUUCGAAAAAAUUUAAAAAGAAUAACACCACAGAGGCGCCAAAUGGGACGUCGGGGAGAUUGGAUAUUAAGAAUAAGUGGUAAUGGUGAUCGCGAUGAAUAUGGCAUGGGUGAAGUUGGAAAAGAAUGGGAAGAUGAAUUUGGAUCAAAGUUUUUAAGAGAAAAGUCUCUAAAACAGCCUAAAGCUCUAAAAGAUAUGCUUGUUAAACUUAUGCGAAAAGUUAAUUGGGAUAAGGAAUUAUGUCCUAGGCUUCAAACUAUAGGAAUAAUACAUUCUGGUAUAUAA